GGACCGAGGCUCGGUUUCUUAGCAGGGACCGCCGUUCCGGCUUCCUUCGAUCGGAUCGCCUUGUUUUGGGGAGGAAGUUUGUCUAAAUAAGGCAGAACUUGCAUACUAUGAAGAAAAGCAGAGGUCGGACAGGUCGAAAGAGAAGAAGGAAACGCUUGCGGAGUUUUAUGAAUGGAGUGAACAGUAGUCACAAGCUUGAAUACAUAACACUAAAGAAAUGGCUGAAAGACAGAGGAUUUGAGGAUGGUAAUUUAAGGCCCGCAGAGUUCCUGGACACAGGAAGAGGACUGAUGACAACAAAAGCCCUUCAGGCAGGGGAACUGRUUAUCUCAUUGCCUGAAAAAUGCUUACUCACUACAGCUACGGUCCUUAGUAGCUCCUUAGGAGAAUAUAUUACAAAAUGGAAGCCUCCUGUAUCUCCUUUGCUUGCACUGUGUACAUUUUUAAUAGCAGAGAAGCAUGCUGGUGAUAAAUCUCUGUGGAAGCCGUAUCUUGAUGUUUUGCCCAAGACAUACACUUGUCCUGUUUGUAUGGAGCAAGAAGUAGUCAGCCUUCUUCCAGAACCUUUAAGAAAAAAGGCUCAGGAGCAGAGAGCCAUGGUCCAUGAGUUGUAUGAGUAUUCCAAAGCUUUUUUCUCUUCCCUGAAGCCACUGUUUGCUGAGAACCUAGAGGCUGUUUUUAACUACAGUGCCCUGGAGUGGGCUUGGUGCACUGUCAAUACCAGAACAGUAUACAUGAAACAUUUACAGAGGGAAUGUUUCUCUCUUGAGCCAGAUGUUUAUGCUUUGGCACCAUAUUUAGAUCUACUAAACCACAGCUCAAAUGUUCAGGUAAAAGCUGCAUUUAAUSAACAAACCAGGAGCUAUGAAAUUAGGACAAAUACACAGUGCAAGAAAUAUGAAGAAGUGUUUAUCUGCUAUGGACCUCAUGAUAACCAGCGACUCCUCCUAGAAUAUGGAUUUAUUACUAUUGAUAACCCACACAGCAGUGUUUAUGUGUCAUCAGAUACUCUUCUUAGAUAUCUUCCACCACUGGAUAACCAGAGAAAUGCAAAACUUUCCAUUCUAAAGAAUCAUGAUUUUUUAGAAAACUUGACCUUUGGUUGGGAUGGACCGUCUUGGAGACUCCUGACAGCCCUCAAGUUACUAAAUCUACGAGAAGAUGAAUUCACUUGCUGGAAGAGAGCACUGCUUGGUGAUGUAAUUUCAGCCACAAAUGAAGAGCAGACUUUGAAUGUAGCAGAAAAAAUAUGUUGUUUUUUAAUAGAGGAGACGCAGCAGGUCCUUCUCCAGAUUUCCCAUUUGAAAAGCGACAAAGAAAACCUAAAAGACCACCUGGCUCUGGUAGAAGCUCUACACUUGGAAGAUCUGAAGAUUCUACAAAAAUCAGCAGAGAUUCUGUGCAACUUGAGAAAGGCAACAACUUGACCCAUCUGGAAUUGUGGUUGCGAUCCAGUCAGCUGCAGCUUUUGCCAUGGACCUGUUUGGCUCAACUGCUUUUAAUGAAUUUGAGCAGCAAAGACUAAUGUUGAAUGUCACCAUAAUGUGCUCAGUUUUGUUUACAGAUCUCAUAGGAUAUGGUGUYUUACUCUGUUUUUUGCUGAACUUCUCCAGUAACACAAAAGGUUAACCUGAAGGAUAGGGAGGAGGAGAGGGUGCCUUUCUGUGCAUGUCAUCAUGGCUGCUGUAAGCAAAACAGCUCYUGGCAUAGUUUGUGCUGGAAGUACUGCAGUUUACAGUGCUCAGUGGUCUACAGCAUGGAUCAUGAAGUCAAUUAGAGACUCUUUAGUGUGUAUCUGAUCUCUGGCACGUGUUAGAGGGAAGAGGGUAGAUUCCUGUACUGCCCUUAUCUGUCCUGUUACUUAUAUCUGCCCUGCACUGAUCCUGUACCUUUUCUUUCCUGGCAUGUGUAGGUGUCUCUGAGUUUUAGGGGUUUACGUAGUGUCUAUUCAUUGCUGUAGCAGUAGAUGUGGACUAAAGCACAGAUUGCUGUCAGUCCUGUUGUGACCCCAAGACAUUCCCUUCUCAGUGUCAUCCCAAGUGUUUCUUGAAGAGGCUGUUAUUGAAAGUUUAAGCUUGAAA